AUGUCGUCCAACCACAGUGCUGGCCCCUUCUUGCUGACUGGUUUCCUGGGCUCAGAGGCAAUUCACCCCUGGAUCUCCAUUCCCUUCUUCGUUAUCUACCUCUUCAUCCUUUUUGGAAACGGCACACUUCUCUUCCUCAUUUGUAAUGAACACAGCCUUCAUGAGCCCAUGUACUACUUCCUGGCUAUGCUGGCAGCCACAGACCUUGGGAUGACACUAACUACAAUGCCCACAGUUCUGGGGGUCCUGUUGCUGGAUAGGAGGGAGAUUUCCCAGGGUUCCUGUUUCACUCAGUCCUAUUUUAUUCACACAUUGGCCAUUGUGGAAUCGGGCAUCCUCCUUGCAAUGGCCUAUGAUCGUUUCAUUGCCAUCCGCACCCCUCUGAGGUACCACUCUAUCCUUACCAAUUCCCGGGUGAUGAAGGUAGGAGUGGGGGUACUGAUGAGGGGUUUUGUGUCCACUGUGCCCCCAAUUCUGCCACUCUAUUGGUUCCCAUAUUGCCAGUCCCAUGUUCUUUCCCAUGCCUUUUGCCUCCACCAAGAUAUCAUGAAACUAGCCUGUGCUGAUAUUACUUUUAAUCGCUUAUACCCAGUUAUUCUGGUUGCUUUGACUUUCUUCCUAGAUGCUCUGAUCAUUGUUUUUUCUUACUUCCUAAUCCUUAAGACAGUUAUGGGCAUUGUCUCUGGAGAGGAGCGAGCUAAGGCCCUCAACACCUGUGUCUCCCAUAUUAGCUGUGUCCUAGUAUUUUAUAUCACUGUGAUCGGCCUGACAUUCAUCCACAGGUUUGGGAAACAUGUACCACACAUGGUCCAUAUUACCAUGAGCUACGUCUAUUUUCUUUUUCCUCCAUUCAUGAACCCAUUUAUAUAUAGCAUCAAGACCAAGCAGAUCCAGAGAAGCUUCAUUCACCUAUUUUCCAUAUAUAGUAGGUCCUGA